GAGUCGAGCGAAGAUGAUACUUGUCCUCGCUUAUCUAUUGCCUUUGUUUCUCGGUGCGUCUCAUCUAUCCAUUGCACCUGGUUAUAAUUCGGUGUCACUUGGAUUUGGAUUUAUAACGACAUUAGGACUCGGUGCUUUGCCUCUUGGAUUUGCUGCUGGUCCGAGAUGGUCUUCUAGAUACGUACCAAAAUGGAAAAAACAGGCCUGUGAAAUUCCAGCUGCUCAACAUCCUGGUUCACAUUAUGUUUGUGAUGAAGCGGGUGAAGUUAAAUGUCUUCCAGGAUGGACCGGAGACCUGUGCGAUGUUCCGCUGUGUCGAAAGGGCUGCGAUCCGCUUCAGGGUUACUGUCGAAGGCCUGGCGAGUGCCGAUGCAAGCUGGGUUUCUAUGGAGAAUUGUGUGACAAAUGUGUUGCUCUUCCGGGUUGCCAACACGGUGGAUGUAAUGUAAGUUUCGAGUGCGCCUGUGAUCCAGGAUGGAAAGGAUUAUUUUGCUCAGAGCCUAUUUGCGAUUCCGAUUGUCAUCCUAGUCAAGGAUAUUGUGAAAAACCUGGUGAAUGCAGAUGCAGACUUGGUUGGCAGGGAAAUAAAUGUAAACAGUGCUCGGUGCUACCAGGAUGUGUUCAUGGAACUUGCCAAGGACCUCUUGAGUGUCGAUGUAAACCUGGUUGGACUGGAAUUGUUUGUCAGACUCCUAUUUGUGCACCGGGAUGCAGCAGAGAAAAUGGUGGAUGCCGAAGACCUGGUACUUGUAGAUGCCGAGUCGGAUGGACUGGAGCAAACUGUACCGAGUGCGUGCCCUAUCCUGGUUGCGUUAAUGGAUCCUGUCGCAGACCUUGGGAGUGCAGAUGUCAACCUGGAUGGACUGGGGAUCUCUGCGAUGAGAAACUUACCUUCUGUGAUGAUCAUCCGGACAUCUGCCAAAAUAAUGCGACUUGCGUCAGUAUGACCAAAGAAGAUGGCGAUUACAGAUGCAUUUGUUCAAUGGGAUAUACUGGACGCAAAUGUCAAAUUCAAACUGUAGAACCGGCAGCGGAUUUGAUGCCUCCAAAACUUGAAAACUUUGAAAUGUCAAAUACCUCGAUGACAAAUACCAUGACAGAAUCAAGUGUGGAACAAGUUACAAAUAAAAUAAACCGUACCACCUCAAUUUCUAUGGUAAAUUCCCAUCAAGGACACUGGGAUUUUGAACAAGUGACCGAAGAAAUUCAAGGAACGACAAUAGAACCUUUGGGGCCGAUCGUAAUCACAGAUCCUCCUUCUACUGUUGAUCCGGCAGCAACUGCUGGUAAAUGGCCGAUAGAACUAGAAUCGGAAAAUCCACUAAUCGACAGUGAAAUCGAUAAUGAAACUUGAGUCAAUAAUUAUUGAGCCAUAAUGUUUUUCAAUUAUUUAUUUAUUUAUUUAUACUAUUACUCCAAUUAUUUAUUAUUUAUUAUUUUGUAUUUAUUUAUUUAAUGCAUAAAUCGUAAUCAUGAUUAAUUAA